GUCUGAGCUGAAGCAAACAUGAAUGUAGCAAUCGGCGGUGACCUGCGUUAUCCUUUCCUGCAUAAAUCACCGGUAGAAUCAACGAAUUCCGGCCAUUCCUGCGUUCGGAUAACUCGCAGUUUGCGGGCGGAGCCUCUGCUCAGCGUGAUUGAAAGUGAGACCGUCACGGCGGAAGAAGCUCCGUCUCCUUCCGGAUCUAUAUCUCGUCGCCUCAUUCUUCUCCGCCAUGCGAAGAGCUCUUGGCAACAUCCUUCACUCCGAGAUCAUGACCGUCCUUUGAGUAAAACUGGGCGGAAUGAUGCUGUAAAGGUUGCUGAAAAGCUCCAACAGAUGGGUUGGAUCCCUCAGCUUAUUUUAUCAAGCAAUGCACAGCGAACCAGGGAGACACUUGAUAUAAUGCAGGAGCAGGUGGCGGAGUUUUUGGAAGCCGAGGUGCAUUUCAUUUCAAGCUUCUAUUCAAUUGCUGCCAUGGAUGGCCAAACGGCCGAGCACCUUCAACAAGCAAUCUGUCAAUACUCAAGGGAUGAGAUUCUUACUGUCAUGUGUAUGGGACAUAAUAAGGGAUGGGAAGAGGCAGCCUCAAUGUUUGCUGGUGCCUCCAUAGAACUGAAGACAUGCAAUGCUGCUUUGCUUGAAGCAACUGGAAAAUCUUGGGAGGAGGCAUUUGUCAUAGCAGGACUUGGGGGGUGGAAGCUUCAAGGCAUAGUUAGACCAAGUAGUGACCUAUAAAAUUUCAGAGAUCUGAACAACAAAAUCAACUACUGUGGCCCUCAACACAUGCUCUCCCUUGAGGGGAAGAUAACAUUAGUCCUAGCAUUCGCCAAAGUUGGUUAAAGGUGAAUCAGCUCACUAAUCCAUUUUAGAUGGGACUGAAGAUCUUGGCAAUUCAAUAUUCGGUAGUUAGAAUACCUGGAGUUGAUUGGCAGAGAUUGAAAUGUGCAGAAGAUAUCAUGACCUGGCAUUCUGUUAAUUAGAUAGAUUUCUGGCGUGGCACUUAUACUGUGAUGAAUGCUGAGAGUUUUGGCUCUUUAUUAAAGCAGGUUGCCUGUUUAUGAUCCAAAGAACAUUACUUACUAAAAACGUGGAAUCCUGUGGAGCUUCAUCUUCAUUUAAUUGCAGUUAACUUUUUACCACAUAUCAGGGUUUGUGUAGGUACUGUUGAGCCCAAAAAAGGUAGCUUAGAAUUUCUUCAGAGUACCUAGAUUAAAGUGUGUGAAAGUUACCUUGAGACGCUAAUGUUCCGAACGGCAAAAAAUAUAUCAAUUGAGAUUGAGAAUAAAAGUUAUUGGCCAUC